GGCGGGAGGUAAUGUUAAUGUGUGCAGUCUUCGGCUUGUGGAAGCAGAUUGAAUAUAUAAUGUUGCUAGUCCUAAUACAUUACUAGCAUUCCGGUUCAUUAAAUUAUUCUAUUUUAUGUAGAGCUGGUUUAAUUAUUUGUGGAGAGAAAACCAUGAGUGAGUUUCGGAUACAUCACGAUGUAAAUGAAUUGCUCAGUUUACUUCAUGUUCGAGGAGGCGAUGGAGCUGAAGUAUAUAUUGAUUUGCUGCAGAAGAACAGAACUCCUUACGUCACGACCACCGUGUCUGCGCACAGUGCCAAGGUGAAAAUCGCUGAGUACUCAAAAACUCCCGAGGACUUUCUGAGGAAAUACGACGAACUAAAAUCAAAGAAUGUGCGCAACCUUGAUCCCCUGGUCUAUCUUCUGUCAAAGCUCACAGAGGAUAAAGAGACCCUCCAAUGUCUGCAGCAGAAUGCCAAGGAAAGGUCAGAAAUGUCUGCUAAUGCUACCUCCAGUAGCAGUGCCAGCUUCAGUAUUCCUCCAACCACCACCAAGAUGUCCAUGCAGGAGCUGGAAGAACUUCGCAAGAAACUCGGCAACGUCACAGCCAGCUCCAACGUUCAGCAGUCUGCCGAAGUCACGCGGAAGAUGCUGAGGGACAGGCACAACAAGAAGAACCCCACGCAGCCCAACCCCGUCUUCCCCAACUGGGUGUACGAGAGGCCGGCGCUCAUCGGAGAUUUCGUUGUUAGCGGUUCCUCCUCCGCGGUGGAGCCGACCGUGCCUGUCGGUACCUUGCCAUUGCCGGCACAGGAGCAGGCAUUGGUGGACGACCUGCUGUACGUGCUGAUUGGUGUGGAUGGUCGGGACAUCACCGCCCAGCCGGUCCUGGGCAGGCAGAGCCGCUCGUUCGUGGUUGACCCUUCUCUGGACCUAUCUGUGAAAGAGCUGGUUCAGAAGAUCCUACCAGUCGCAGCCUGUUACUCCACAAUCAUCCGGUUCAUAGAGGAGAAGUCCUCUUUUGAGUACGGUCAGGUAAACCACGCCCUGACCGCAGCGAUGCGGACCCUGAUAAAGGAGUACCUGAUCCUCUUCACCCAGCUGGAGCACAUACACUGCCAGGGCACUCUCUCCCUCCAGAAGCUGUGGUUCUACAUCCAGCCCACCAUGAGAACUAUGGAGACCCUGGCCUCCAUUGCCAUCUCCGUUGAGAAGGGCGACUGCAUGGGUGGAUCCACGUUAAGUCUCCUCCACGAUCGAACGUUCAACUACACUGGAGACAGUCAGGCCCAGGAGCUGUGCCUCUACCUCACCAAAGCAGCGAGUGUGCCCUACUUUGAGAUCCUGGAGAAGUGGAUUUACAGAGGCAUCAUUAAGGACCCAUACAGUGAAUUCAUGGUGGAAGAACACGAGCUCCAGAAAGAGAAGAUUCAGGAGGAUUACAAUGACAAGUACUGGGACCAGCGCUACACAAUUGUGCAGCACAGAAUACCAUCCUUCCUCCAGAAAAUGGCUGACAAAAUACUCAGCACUGGGAAGUAUCUGAAUGUGGUCCGAGAGUGUGGUCGUGAUGUCACGUGCCCAGAUGCCAAGGAGGUUCUGUACACACUGAAGGAGAGAGCUUACGUGGAGCAGAUCGAGAAAGCCUAUAACUACGCCAGCAAAGUUCUCCUCGACUUCUUGAUGGAAGAGAAAGAGUUGGUGACCCGGUUGAGGUCAAUUAAACAUUACUUCCUAAUGGACAAGGGAGAUUUCUUUGUCCAUUUCAUGGACCUGACCGAGGAGGAGCUGAAAAAGCCUGUGGAUGACAUCAUUGCUCCCAGACUGGAGGCUCUACUGGAGCUGGCUCUCAGGAUGAGCACUGCCAAUACAGACCCGUUUAAAGAUGAUCUAAAGAUUGACCUGAUGCCGCAUGACGUGAUCACCCAGCUUCUACGCGUCCUGGCCAUAGAGACCAAGCAGGAGAAGGCCAUCAUCAACGCUGACCCCACCGACGUGUGCCUCAGCGGCCUGGAGGCCUUCUCCUUCGACUACAUCGUCAAAUGGCCGCUGUCACUCAUUAUCAACAGGAAAGCAUUGACCAGAUACCAGAUGCUGUUCAGGCACAUCUUUUACUGCAAGCACGUGGAGAGACUGCUCUGCAACGUGUGGAUCAGCAACAAGUCGGUGAAGCAGUACUCUCUUCACACUGCAAAGUGGUUUGCUACUGCGUUUGCUCUGCGACAGCGAAUGCUCAACUUUGUCCAGAACAUCCAGUACUAUAUGAUGUUUGAGGUCAUGGAGCCCACCUGGCACAUUAUGGAGAAUAACCUGAAAUCUGCGUCGAACAUCGAUGACGUCCUCUGCCAUCACACCAGCUUCCUGGACAACUGUCUGAAAGACUGUAUGCUGACCAACCCGGAGCUCUUGAAGAUCUUCUCCAAGCUCAUGUCCGUGUGCGUCAUGUUCACUAACUGCAUGCAGCGGUUCACCCAGAGCAUGAAGGUGGACAGUGAGAUGAAGCGUCUCUCCCUGGAGCAUGGGACCAUGGAGGGGCCCCCCACGCAGAACGAGAGGACCGAGGAGGCCCAGAAGAAGAGGCUCACCUCCAAGUAUUUAGCCGAGCAUGCCGACGCCCUUCAGUCCGACUCGGGCUUGGAGGGGACCAUCGGCAAGUUCGACAGCAACUUCAGCAGCCUGCUUCUGGAGCUGCUGGACAAGCUGAGCAUGUACAGCACCAACGACUGCGAGCACAGCAUGAUCAACAUCAUCUACAGGCUAGACUUCAACGGGUUCUACACGGAGAGGCUGGAGCGAAUGGCCAUUGAGAGGAGUCAGAAGGCCGCAGCGUAGCACUGUUUGUCAUUCACUUCCGAAGGACAACAAUGUCAUUAUUUAUCUCGCCUUCGUAUGCAGUGACGGGGGGGGACAUUGGUUACUUACACUCCCUCUAGAAUGGUUAAAGGAACCUGUUUGAUAUAUUGUAAGAUGGCAUGCUGAAUUCAUAUUGAACUCUAUCCCUAUAAUUCGAUGUAAGAAUAUGCAGUAACGUGAUGUUCCUCUGUUGUCACAGACAAAUGUUUCAGCACUGUAUACUGUAGAAGUGACGGAAAACAACGGGGGUCUUCUAAACAAUAAGCACUAUGGUUUGUAGUGGUUGUCACUAAUACAAAUAAAUGUUGAAUUAUCAAAUGUAUUUAAAUACAUAGUCUUGGUUGUAUUCUCACAUUUUAUGAAUCAAAUUUGUCUGUAUAAUAAAACCCUUUGAAUGCA